UUCAGUGGUGAGAUGUACGUUUCAAAUAAUUAAUUUUGACUUUAAACACGACGGUCAAUAUCUUUUUUGGAAUCUUAGGUGUGGAAGUUAACGUUGUAAAAUAUUCAAGAGAGAUCAUCGAAGAAUAACAAUAAUGGGUAAGAUCAAAGAAAAUGACUAUGCUUGCGACUUGCGACCAGAAAAAUUUGAAAAAGAUGAUCAUCCGGCUACACAAAUAAAAUCAGUUGGCCAAGAUCGAAACAAUUAUUUAAACAACGUGAGCAAAAAGACAUUUGCAAGAGCAUUAGAUGUAAAGGAUCAUAACAAAAUUGUUGACAAAAGAAAAAAAGCAGUUCAUGACGGAAAAAGAGACUACGUUUGCACUGCAUGUCAGCGCACAUUUACGCAAAAAACCAACUUGAACAGACACGAGAGAACAGUUCACAAAGGACGAAACGACUACGUUUGCGAUGUGUGCCAAAAAGCAUUUUCGCGUUCGGAUUAUUUCAAGCAACACCGAAAAAGAGUUCAUGAUGGAAAAAAAGAGUACGAGUGUAACACGUGUCAUAAAUUGUUUUCUCAGUUGAUCGGUUUAAAGACACAUCAAAGAUCAUUUCAUGAAGGACUAAAAGACCACGAGUGCGAUGUGUGUCAACGAAAAUUUACGCAGAAGGUCAACUUGAUAGUGCACCGAAGAGCUGUUCACGAAGGAAAAAAAAACUACAAAUGCGACGUGUGCCAAAAAGCGUUUGGUUAUUGGAGGGGUUUGGAAGAACACAAAAGAUCAGUUCAUGAAGGACGAAGGGAUUAUAAAUGUGACGUGUGCCAAAAAGCGUUUACACGUUCGAAACAUUUGGAAAGACACCAAAAAGCAGUUCAUGAAAGACAAAGGGACUUCAAAUGCGACGUGUGCCAAAAAGCGUUUGGUUAUUUGAGCGGUUUGGAAGAACACAAAAGAUCAGUUCAUGAAGGACGAAGGAAUUAUAAAUGUGACGUGUGCCAAAAAGCGUUUACACGUUCAAAACAUUUGGAAAGACACCAAAAAGCAGUUCAUGAAAGACAAAGGGACUAUGAAUGCGACGUGUGCCUGCAAACAUUUACACACCACAUCAGCUUGAUAAGACACCAAAAAAAUGUUCACGAAGGACGAGGAGACUACCAAUGUGAUGUGUGCAAAAAAACGUUUGCAUUGAAAAAUUACUUGAAACUUCAUAUUAAAGUAGUUCAUGAAGGAUUAAAAGUCCACGAGUGCGAGGUGUGUCAACGAAAAUUUACGCAGAAGGUCAAUUUGACAAGACACGAGCGAACAGUUCACGAAGGACGAAGGGACUAUGAGUGCAAUGUGUGCAAAAAAACUUUUGCGAGAAGAAUGUCCUUGACGAUUCAUCAAAAAAAAAAUUCAUGGAAGCCAAAAAGCGUGUGGAACCAAUCAGCAUUUGGCAGAUCAUCGUGGAAUGGUUCACGAAGGUCAAAAGGGCUAUGAAUGCAACGCGAGUCAGGAAGUAUUUCCAGAGCAGAGCAACGUGAAGGAACUUGAAAAUAUAGUUCAAGGUGAACAAAUAAGAUAUGUUCCAGAAGUAUGUACGGCUAUAAAUAGCUUGUCUAACCACAAAGUAACUGAUGACAACGAACAAAAUUACUUCGAAUUACAUAAUGUAUUUCGAAAAAAGUUUUGUAAAAGCCAAAAGGGCUAUGGCAGCGAUGUUAUGUUAAAAAACAACGAUUUUUAAUUUGAUUGUAUGAACAAUAAUUAUCUCCGCUAAUUUGAAGUUAAAAGCGAUGAAUUUGUUAGUAAAUAUUGAUUUCGGUCUAAAGUCGACUACGUGACAUUUAUAAUGUAAAUAUAUAAUCUGUGGCCGGAUGAAAAUAUAAAUCAAAGUUUUAACGUCCUUAUAUGCAGUAGAGCAUUAGAAAAUGUUCACACAUUGUGCAACUAUAAUUCAUGUACAUAAUAUAUUGUAAUAAAGAGAAUUGCAUUUUCAUAAGA